CAGGAACGUCGCGCGCAUGUGCGGCAUCGUCGGCAUCUUCCGCCACGAGGGACAGGUCUCCGCCGAGCUCUACGAGGGGCUGCUGAUGCUCCAGCACCGCGGCCAGGACAGCGCGGGCAUGGUCACCUUCGACGGCGUCCGUUUCCAGGAGCGUAAGGACAACGGCCUCGUGGCGAACAUCUUCGACAAGAAGGCGAUCGACUCCCUGAAGGGCAGCGUGGGCAUCGGCCACGUCCGCUACCCCACCGCGGGUGGCCUCUCCGCGACGGAGGCGCAGCCGUUCUUUGUCAACUCGCCUCUCGGCAUCUACCUCAUCCACAACGGCAACCUGACCAACGUCGACGAGCUCCUCAUGGGCCUCGGCGGACGCAUGAUGAAGACCACCUCGGACUCCGAGGUGCUGCUCAACGUCUUCGCCGAGGACAUCGCGCAGUCGAUCACGUCCAACCCGGGAUCCGACAUGGAGAAGGUUGCGUUUGACGCGGCGACCAAGACGAUGAAGAAGGUUCGCGGGGCGUACUCCGUCAUCACCAUGAUCAACCAGGUCGGUCUGUUCGCGUUCAGGGACCAGAACGGCAUCAGGCCGCUGGUGAUCGGCCAGCGGAAGGCGGUCGACGGCUCGGAUCGUGACGAGUUUUGCGUGGCUUCGGAGGAUUCAGCGUUUGGCCCGCUCGGGUUCUCGAGGGUCCGCGACGUUAACCCCGGCGAGGCGAUCCUGAUCACCCCCGACGGCCGCCUGGAGUCCCGCCAGUGCGUCAACGGGAAGAUCUCCCCGUGCAUCUUCGAGUACAUCUACCUCGCCAGGCCCGACUCCAUGCUCAACGGCAUCAGCGUGUACGAGUUUCAGCUCGAGCUGGGCAGGAGACUCGCGAAGCGAAUCAAGGACCGGUGCGAGGACGACGACUGGGAGAUCGACGUGGUCGUCCCGGUUCCUGACGGCAGCAGGCCAUCCGCGAUCGAGAUCGCGCAGUGCCUCGACCUCCCGUAUCGCGAGGGCCUCGUCAAGAACCGCUACGUCGGGCGCACUUUCAUCAUGCCCGAUCAGCGAACGCGCGAGCUCUCCGUCAGGCGCAAGCUCAACGCGAUGCGAAGCGUGUUCAACGGCAAGAAGGUCCUUCUGGUGGACGACUCCAUCGUCCGCGGCACUACCAUGUCCCAGAUCGUGCAGAUGUGCCGCGCGGCGGGCGCCACCAAGGUGUACCUCGCGUCUUCCGCGCCCCCCGUGAAGCACCCCAACGUCUACGGAGUCGACAUGCCCUCCAGGGAGGAGUUUGUCGCUCACAACAGGGACGAGGAGGGCGUGUGCGACCUCCUGGGCGCGGACGGCCUCAUCUACCAGACCGUGGAGGACAUGCUGCAGGCGGGUCGCGGCAUGAACCCGCAGAUCGAGCGUUUCGACGCCUCCUGCUUCGACGGAGAUUACGUCAGCGGCGACGUCGACGACGUGUACCUCGAGAAUCUGAGCGGCGCCGGGCGAGGGAAAGGGCGAAAGGGCGCCAGCGCGCCCGCGAGGUGAUUGGAGCCCCGCCCCGCGGGGUUUGCACGGGGCGAGUGCGCGGCCCCGGUUGUUUGAUAGCAUCCCUUCCACGUUGUCCAAUACAUUCAUCGUCUUAGUCUG